AUGGCGGUGUGGGCGCGCGACGAGGGGCCCAAAGGUUUUCAGGUGUUCAAGGAGUGCUUCGACGCGGGCUUCUGCUCGCGGAACCGGGACUACUUCCAGGGCGUCAGCGCCAUCGUGUCCAUGUACGGGGACGAGGCAACGGAACCGUGCAUCAGCGUCGCCGCCAGCAGCAGAAAGCCCGCGCUCGUGGUCCCGUGUAACGAGUGCAUCAGGUUUUUCCCGCCGUCGAACCCAACGUACGAUGGCUACGUGCAGGCGUGCAUGAACCAGUCCAGCUGGCACGGAGGCCAGUUCGAGACCGGGCUCCUGAGCAACAGCCCCUUCGUCCGGUUCGCGCUUGUGCAGUCGCCCUCCCCGUCCUGGAAGGAGAAGGCGCUGACCGCAGAGAGCGAGGAAGCGGAGCUGAGGGUGCCCAUCGAGGUGCUGAGAAGCCUGGGGGUGCUGCACCAGGCGGUCUGGAAGAUCGAGCUGGCGAACCAGUCGCGCCGCGUGAGCGCGCCUGGCCACCAGCUGUCGUAGGUUAGGCUGGCCCCGCUGGGGCGGCCAGCGGCCGAUGGCCGCUGGCGCCCUUGGGGAACUCGGAGGCUCCGCGAGGAGGACGCCGACCACCGCAGUGUCCUGCCGCCGCAGCGCGGCGGCAGCGCGGGCGCUGGCGUUUCACGUUUGAGUCUCACUCGGUGGUCGUUGAGAGUGGGUAUUUGGGGGAUCCCACGGUGGCUUCGGUGGUAACCCAUGGGACCCCGGUGCGCCCUCGGAACUCUGCCUCUCGAGGGCCCUGGCGCGCGCCAGCGUCUGGAGAUCCAUGGGCAUCCGGCGUUCUGGCGCCGAUCCAGCGCCGAUCCAGCGCCGAUCCGGCGCCGAUCCAGCGCAGAUCCAGCGCCGAUCCAGCGCCGAUCUGGCGCCGAUCCAGCGGCGAUCUGGCGCCGAUUCGCGCUGGCUCGCAAGAGACAGCAAGUGGCCCUUCCUCCCCCUCGCUCGCCGCCAGCCCUCGCUCCCCUCGCUGCUGUGGCCCGCCGCUCCUCACUUCCCGCCCGGGCUCGCCGCCGACACUGGCCCUCGUCCCUUCCCCUGCACCUCCCAGCCAGGAUCCGCUCAAGGCCAGUCUCACGACUUCAGGGUGAAUUUGCUCCGCAGUGGCGGCCGAUGUGUUAUAGAUGGGUGGGUCGUCGAAGGGUGCGUUCCGCGGA